AUGGAGAAACAAGGUGCCAACAGCCCACCAGCAUCUCCCCCUAACCUGCCCUGCCCUUCACCCGCGUCAGGGGGGCUCAGUCCAUCCCACAACGACACGACAACUCAGUCAGACCCACACACACACGUCUCGGCAGACGCACCACAGGCAGACACGACCCCAGACGCAAACAUCAACAUGGAGGCAAAAGAGGAGAAGAAACCAGGGCUUAGGAACAAGUCUGACUCCGCUCCUAACGGGACAAGAUCCUCUCCUCCACCACUGCUCCCCGCUCCCAACAAAACCUCCCCCUCUGAGCUGCCUUCAUCAUCUCCUCUUCCUCCUCAUAUCCCAGUGAUCAGCCUGGGUCACACCAAGCCUCCGCUGCCCCUGACCACGCUACACCCCAUCCCCACCCUGCUGCACGCGGACCCUCGCCGAGCACAAGGGGCCGCAUCCUCUGCUCUGCACAUGUUCACGCCUGUGCACAGCUUCUUCACCAGCACUUACUUUGGGCCUUCUGGGGGGAGCUUCGGAAUCAUCGCCAACAACCGGAAGAGAAGGCCAUCCUCACACUAUGAGGUUGAAAUAAAUGAAUCAGGCCCUCCACAGAAGAUUGCCCGGCGUGUCUUCACCAACAGCCGGGAGCGCUGGAGGCAGCAGAAUGUCAACGGGGCUUUCUCCGAGCUGAGGAAACUGAUCCCCACUCAUCCUCCAGACAAGAAGCUCAGCAAGAACGAGAUCCUGCGCCUUGCUGUCAAAUACAUUCACUUCCUGGUGGCGCUGCUCGAUGACCAGGCUGAGGAAGGGGGCGAGGGGGGAUCAGAGGGACCAGACCCAGGCACUCCUGUCACUCAGACCCCACAACCUCCGGCCUUAACCUCAGCUCACAGGAACUCCACGGACUCCAUCAUCGUCAUGACAAACUCUCCAGCAUCCUCCAGUUGUUAUGGAGACACAGACAGCGAGGAGAGCUCUUUGAUGAACCACAGCAUCUUGGCUAAAGUCAAAGGAUGA